AUGGGUAGCUUCAUGGAGGACUGCCAAGCGCUGAUCGACGAGCUCUACCCGCUGGUCUUCGUGGCCGGGUCCGAGCACAUCCUCAUCGAGGCGAACCCGCGGAAGAUUCUCCAAGACGACGGCGCGCGGCCGGUCGCGCUGUACGCCCAGAGCCUCAGCGGCCAAUCCGUCUACGUCAACAUGCGACUGCCGGGGAUUAAGCGGGUUCUAAGUCUGCUUGCAAAGGAUGGAGUCGGGCAGUCCGUCGACCACAAGGGAGUGCGGUAUCAGUUUGUCAUGAAUUCCACCACCGCGACGACGAGUCUUAUAUCCAGCCUGGGUUGAAAACAACAUCGACUAGUUCCGACCUGUGCGAAUACUAGAG